GUGAAAACUAUCUGGUCAGGUGGUCAAGUUCUGGGCUACCAAAAGACAUAGACAGGUUACACAAUCUUCGAGCAGUUUUCACAGACCUUGGCAGCAAAGACCUAAAAAGAGAGAAAAUCAGUUUUGUUUGUCAGAUCGUACGAGUAGGCAGAAUGGAACUGAGAGACAACAACACAAGAAAACUAACCUCUGGCCUAAGGCGACCUUUUGGUGUAGCAGUAAUGGAUGUAACUGACAUAAUUAAUGGGAAAGUAGAUGAUGAGGACAAGCAACAUUUCAUUCCAUUUCAGUCGGUGGCAGGGGAGAAUGAUUUCCUUCAGACUGUAAUAAACAAAGUGAUUGCUGCUAAAGAAGUUAACCACAAGGGUCAGGGUUUAUGGGUGACACUGAAACUUCUUCCAGGAGAUAUUCACCAGAUAAGGAAAGAAUUUCCUCAUCUAGUUGAUAGAUCCACAGCUGUGGCUCGAAAAAUGGGUUUUCCUGAGAUUAUUAUGCCUGGGGAUGUCCGUAAUGAUAUCUAUGUUACAUUAGUUCAAGGAGACUUUGACAAAGGAAGCAAAACCACUGCAAAGAAUGUAGAGGUUACAGUAUCUGUUUAUGAUGAAGAUGGCAAAAGAUUGGAGAAUGUGAUCUUCCCAGGUGCUGGAGAUGAAGCUCUUUCAGAAUAUAAGUCUGUGAUAUAUUACCAAGUAAAACAACCUCGCUGGUUUGAAACUAUGAAGGUUGCAAUCCCCAUUGAAGAUGUAAACCGCAGCCACUUGAGGUUUACAUUUCGACACAGGUCAUCACAGGACUCUAAAGAUAAGUCUGAGAAGAUAUUUGCUUUGGCCUUUGUUAAACUGAUGAGAUACGAUGGCACCACUCUGCGGGACGGAGAGCAUGAUCUUAUAGUAUACAAGGCAGAGGUGAAGAAGCUAGAAGAUUCAUCAACGUAUUUAAGCUUACCAUCCACUAAAAUAGAAUUGGAAGAAAAAGGUCACUCCACAGCUGGCAAGAGCAUGCAGAACCUUGGAAGCUGCACCAUCAGUAAAGAUUCUUUCCAGAUUUCCACUUUAGUUUGUUCAACAAAGCUAACACAAAAUGGUGAGGAAUAUGUUCAGAUUCUAGGAAACAGACUUUAUUCAACUUUGGACCUGCUGGGGCUUUUGAAGUGGCGAUCCAACACAAGUCUGCUGCAACAGAAUCUGAGGCAACUUAUGAAAGUUGAUGGAGGUGAAGUUGUUAAGUUUCUCCAAGAUACCCUUGAUGCACUAUUUAACAUCAUGAUGGAGAAUUCAGAGAGUGAAACUUUUGACACAUUGGUGUUUGAUGCUUUGGUAUUCAUCAUUGGAUUGAUUGCAGACCGGAAGUUCCAGCAUUUUAAUCCUGUUUUGGAAACCUACAUAAAGAAACAUUUCAGUGCUACCUUGGCAUACACAAAACUGACAAAAGUUUUAAGAACCUAUGUGGAUAACGCUGGUGUCACUGAACAACUAUUUAAAGCUAUGAAGUCUUUGGAAUACAUCUUCAAAUUUAUUGUACGGUCGAGAAUUUUAUUCAACCAACUUUAUGAAAACAAAGGAGAAGCUGACUUUAGGGAGUCUUUACUUCAUCUCUUUAAGUCUAUCAAUGAGAUGAUGAGUAGUGUGUCUGAUCAGACAGUUAUAGUAAAGGGAGCUGCACUUAAAUAUUUGCCUACUAUUGUGAAUGAUGUGAAACUUGUGUUUGAUCCAAAAGAACUUAGCAAACUAUUUACAGAUUUUAUAUUGAACGUUCCAGUGGGCCGUCUCACAAUUCAGAAGCUGUACUGUUUGAUUGAAAUAGUUCACAGCGACCUUUUCACACAGCAUGACUGCAGAGAGAUUUUGCUGCCAAUGAUGACAGAUCAACUGAAGUAUCAUCUGGAAAGGCAGGAGGACCUGGAAGCCUGUUGCCAAUUGCUCAGUAACAUCCUAGAAGUUCUUUACAGAAAAGAUGUGGGACCAACACAACGCCAUGUGCAGAUUAUUAUGGAGAAACUACUGAGGACAGUAAAUAGAACCGUUAUCUCAAUGGGACGUGAUUCAGAACUCAUAGUGAUAAAGUUUCGAUUAGCUGGAAUGGAAUGCCCAUACCCAUCAUUAAUGUACUUUGUGGAAGAUGGUGAAGGUGACCCUUACUUUAGGAAACUCUAA